AUUUUAUAAAUAUCCCAGAAUUCCUUACCCACCCUGUCUUAAAUUCAAAUACAGUAGUCAUGUAUUUAGCGUUAUUCAUGUGUCUUUUUCUUCUAUUAUUUUUUUUCAUGAACAAAAAACCUUCAUGCAAAGUUUACUUAAUAGAUUUUGUCUGUUACAAACCUCCAGCUUCUCAGAAGUGCUCAAAACCUUCUGUUAUGAAGCUAGCAAAACAGCACGGAUAUUUGACGGAAGAGACAGAGGAUUUCACGAGGAAUCUUCUGGAAAGAUGUGGCAUUGGUGACUCUACUUAUUUGGCAGAGACCUUUUUUAAGCCAAGUUAUAAACCAUUAAUGAAAGAUUCAAGAAGGGAAGUUGAGAUGGCCAUAUUUGGUUCAUUAGACAUGCUUCUGGGAAAAACAGGUGUAAGGGCUGACAAUAUUGGGAUCCUAAUUGUGAAUUGUUGUAUUUAUAACACAGAACCGUCUCUUUCUAGCAUGAUAGUCAACCGGUAUAAGUUUAGAGAAAACAUCAUCACCUACAACAUUGUUGGAAUGGGAUGCAGCGCAGGACUUCUGGCAACAGGACUUGCUAAACGACUCCUUCAGGUGCACCACAACUCCUAUGCAUUGAUAGUGAGUACAGAAAGCAUUACCGAAAACUGCUACGUCGGAAAAGAUCGUUCCAAGUUCCUUAUCAACUGCUUGUUCCGCGUCGGAGGUGCCACGAUACUCCUCUCCAACCGCUCUUCCGAUCAAAACAAUUCUAAAUACGAACUUCUUCACGCAAUACACGAUAACACAUCAAGUUCAGAUCGGUCCUACAACAGUAUCUUUCGUGAAGAAGACAACGCCGGAAUAACCGGCGUAAACAUCAACAAAGACCUCCUAGCCGCUGCCAUAGACACAAUUAAACCUAACCUAAUCACCGUAGGUCGCCUAAUUCUUCCAAUACAAGAGAAACUUGCCUAUCAAGUAACCUACAUCACAAGAAAACUCCUUCCGUCACUGAAUAUUCAGCAGUACAUACCUAAUUAUAGCAAAGCCGUUGAUCACUUCCUACCUCACGUUGGCGGGAAGCCGGUUCUAGACGACCUGCAGAAAACCCUAGGGCUUUCGGACGAGGUGAUGGAAGCUUCGAGAAUGACAUUGUACAGGUAUGGAAACACAUCCAGCAGUUCAAUAUGGUAUGAGCUGGCUUACGUAGAGGCAAAGGGUCGGGUCAAAGAAGGUGACAAGGUCUGGCACCUUUCAUUCGGGUCGGGUUUCAAGUGUAGUAGUGUUAUUUGGCGUGCGAUGAAGACCAUUGAUCAUGGUGACGAUAACCCUUGGACAGAUGAGAUUGGUCAAUUUCCGGUGACUGUGGAAUUUGGACCUUUCCCUAUAGAUUUCGCACCUUCCAGUUAA